CUCCCGCCAGCGCCAUCGCGUCUCUCCUCGGCCAAGCCGCCCCGAGGAGCUCCGCACCGCCGGCAGGAGAACCGGAGGGGCCGGGGGCAGCGCUGAGCUCACCCCAGAGAACUCCUGGCUCGGAGCAGGGGACCGCCGCGUUGCCGUCCCGCUCCCCCCGGCAUAUGGCACGGGCACGGGGCGCGCCGGGCCGCGGGCAGCGCGCUCCCCACGCCCCCCCCCCCCCUUGGGGCCCCACGCUGCUGGCUGCUGCCUGGGCCUCACCUGUUAGAGCCGAGAGAAAAGAAAGGAAGAAAAAAAGAAUAAAUCGCCGUUUGUUCGGAUUUUGCGAGACGGUGGGCGCUGCUGCCCGGAUGCCGGCGGGCGGCGCUGCGGAGAGCGGCCGGGGAACCCGGAGGGGGCCCGGCCCGGCCCGGCCGCCCGCCGCCGACCCGCGGCACCCGGCAGCCGCUUCCGGGCCCCCCCUGUGCUCCGGCGUGGUGCGAGAGGAGCGGCCCGAAGGCCGUUAGGAGAGGGCCGGGGAGCGCCGUGAUCCAGGCCCCGGUAUAGCCUGGCCUCUGCGGGGGUCCGCGGGGGAAGGCAGCGGGGCACCACCGCGGAAGAACCGGGAGCGGUGCCCGGGCAGCAGCCGCUUUAAGGAAGUGCGGGAGCCGCGAGGUGCACACCGGCAUUGCAUCAGCGCACCCGGACACGGCGCCGUCCCCACGCCCGCAGGGCCGCGCAGCGCUGUGUCACCCCACGGCCACCCCGUUGCCGCGCCACUGUCACCUCGCUGCCACCCCGUCAGCGGGGGAGAGCUCAGAGCAAAGGGGGGCAUCCCCGUGGGGCGUCAGUACCGCGCUCGCUUUUCCUCGCCACGCUCGUUGUCCACGCACCUAAAGUUACACGACCUGCCCUUUUGCUGUUUUUUAGCCCCGUCCUUUUCUCUUCCCGUGCUAUUGAACUGGAAUCGCCGUUUGGGUAUGAGGUGGGAGCCCCGCCGCGUUGAGCCCUCUCCGAUAGUCACCGAGAUCCUCCAAAUUCAAACCGCAUUGAGAAGCUCACGGAAUUUGUAGGGAUUAAUGGGGAAUGCUACAGAGCACUUAACCCGCGCCUAACAGCAUUUCCUCGGCCGCGUUGCCUUUGUUCGAGGUGAACGGCAACGCGUUUCUCAGACCCCUUCUCCCUCCUGUGAAAUCAGAUGCGGACCGGGAACGCACAUUUUGGGGCUCCAGGUUCUGCGUUUUGUGAGAGCGGUGCGGAGGGGUCGGGCUGCAAUACCCCACGUUGGGGGCUACAGAGAAUCCCGUGCAGCGGGAGCCGGGACUCGGCGUGCUUCGGGAAGGUUGGGACGGUGGGUUUGAACUUUAAGCUCGACUCGUUAAGAAAUGCGAACAGGGGCGGCUUUCCACAGGCCUAUUCCUCGGUGCCCGUGAGCAACAUGAACUCGGGGCUGGGCUCCAUGAACACCAUGAACACCUACAUGAGCAUGAACACCAUGACGACCAGCGGCAACAUGACCUCCGGCUCCUUCAACAUGUCCUACGCCAAUACGGGGCUGGGAGCCGGGCUGAGCCCCGGCGCGGUGGCCGCCAUGCCGGCGGGCUCUGCGGGCGCAGUGAACGGGAUGGCGGCCGGCGUGGCGGCCAUGGGCGCGGCGCUGAGCCCCGGAGGGCUGAGCGCCAUGUCGGGGCAGCCGGCCGCCAUGAACGGGCUGGGCCCCUACGGCGGCAUGAACCCCUGCGUCAGCCCCAUGGCCUACUCGCAGUCCAACCUCGGCCGCACGCGAGACGCCAAGAGCUUCAAGCGGAGCUACCCGCACGCCAAGCCGCCCUACUCGUACAUCUCGCUCAUCACCAUGGCCAUCCAGCAGGCGCCCAGCAAGAUGUUGACGCUGAGCGAGAUCUACCAGUGGAUCAUGGACCUCUUCCCCUACUACCGGCAGAACCAGCAGCGCUGGCAGAACAGCAUCCGCCACUCGCUCUCCUUCAACGACUGCUUCGUCAAGGUGGCCCGCUCCCCCGAUAAGCCCGGCAAGGGCUCCUACUGGACCCUGCACCCCGACUCCGGCAACAUGUUCGAGAACGGCUGCUACCUCCGCCGCCAGAAGCGCUUCAAGUGCGAGAAGCCGGCGGGCGGCAAGGCCCCGUCGGAGGGCCGCAAGGACCAGACGUCCGCCUCGGGCUCCGGCUCUCCCCUGCCCCGCGCCCACGGCAAAGCGGCGCCGCCCGACGCCGCCGCCCCCCUGCCAGGCCCCAACCCGGCCGCCAGCCCCCAGCCCAUGGACCACAGCGGCCCGAGCGCCGAACUGAAGCCCUCGGCCCCGGCCGCCGCCUCCUCGCUCGGCUCCGUGCCCGCCCUGGCAUCCGUCCCGCACCCCCCGCACUCCCUGGCCCACGAACCCCAGCUGCACCUCAAAGGGGACCCCCACUACUCCUUCAACCACCCGUUCUCCAUCAACAACCUCAUGUCCUCCUCGGAGCAGCAGCACAAGCUGGACUUCAAAGCCUACGAGCAGGCGCUGCAGUACUCCUCGUACGGGGCCGCCAUCCCCGGCGGGCUGCCCUUGGGCGGCGGCUCCAUGGCGGCCCGCGGCAGCAUCGAGCCCUCGGCGCUGGAGCCCUCCUACUACCAGGGGGUGUACUCCAGACCCGUGCUCAACACCUCGUAGCUCGCUGCCUCGGGGCGCACGCCGUGCACAGGACUGUUACUUCCCGAUGGCCGUGCGCUGUCCCCGUCCCGCACCCCCCAUCCCGCUGUACAUAUCCCCCGCACCACGCAGGGUGUCAUUGAAAAGGCGAAAAAUGGGUGAGCUUGUAAACUACUCGUUGUGCUUUCCGCCCCCCCCGCCCCGCUCUAUAAUCUCAUGUAAGUUUACAGGUAUGUGGCAAUACUUUACCAAUACGGAGAUGAAGAAGCGAGUAGAGGUUUAAGGCUUUUUUUUUUUUUUUUUUUUUUUAAUUAAAAAGGCUUUGAAGGACAAUACUGCUGUGAAGUAGCAACACACUAAGAGAAUCUCUAAGCAACAAGAGGACUGUUUGCUCUCUCGGAUCAUCCUUUUGAUACUUGCAAAACAAACCUCCGGCUCGGACAGCCGCACCCCGCACCCGGCCCAGCUGCAGCCCGGGGUCGGGACAGACCCCCCCCUCCCCCCCCCCCCCAAACCCCCCUAUAUUUUUUUUCCAAGUGUUACCUGUCUUGGGAUGUAAUAUAACGUUACAAGAGGUCACAGCCAGUUGGAUUUUUUUCCUUCCCAUCUGUUACUGAAGGUUCUCGUUCCUCAGGCACUCUCGCCGACGUGUGGAUGACAUGCUUAUUUAAUUUAAGGUCUCUUCGUCGCGUACCAGCGGACCUAUGGACUGAAAACAAGGUUAUCCCCUUCCCGGGAGGCGCUGGCCCUCACACCAGCGCCAGGAACAGAGGAGAGCCCUUUCUCUCCCCUUUCUCACCUCGUUUAAUACAUUACACACCCAUCAUUUUUGUGGCCGUUUAAUUAUCGCCAUCAUUAGCUUGUUUCAUCCAGUGUUAAUGCACUUUCCACAGUUUUACACGGUGUUAGCAUAGCCAGACGGGUUUUAUUAUUAUUCCUGUUCGCUGUCUCAAUGUUCUUAAUUUAUUGCAUGGUUUAUAUUUUUUUUCUUUCUUUACAGCUGGAAAUUGCUUUAAAUGACAGUAAAAAGAAUUACACGUGAAUUUAAGAAUUUUUUGUUAAUUUUAUAAAUGUGAUUGUAAUUGAAAAAAAAAAUAUUUUGAUUUAAAACGAUACCUGAGAAUUUAACGCGUGAAGUAUGGUUUUUUGAUCAUUUGCAGUUAAGGACUUUAAAUAAAUCAAAUGUUAACAAUGAA